AUGACAAUGAGUUGGUCAAAAAUUAUAGAAGAGUUAGGGAUUCCUUCCAAUGUGAAACUUCGAAUAAUUGGAGCAAGAGAAAAAGAUGGUCGCACGUAUAACUUACCAACGGCUGGUGAGAUUGCUGCUCUUAUUGUUGGUGAUAUCGAAAAUGUGGUUGACAAUAGAGAUAUUGUAGUUGAGACUCGAACAGGUGAACUAAAAAGAAUUAGUGAGUUGCAUCCAUCAUAUCUUGCACUACAAUAUCCGAUUCUGUUUCCGUACGGAGAUGAUGGCUACAGAAUUGAUAUCCCUUAUAGAGGUGUUGUUGAUGUUGUUAAUAAAACACGUCCAAAGUGUACUAUGAGAGAGUUCUUUGCCUAUCGUAUCCAGGAUCGUAUAAAUCAGUUUUCAUUAAUCCUUAAUUCUAAGAGGCUUUUCCAGCAGUUCUUGGUUGACGCGUAUACUAUGAUAGCGAGCGAGAGACUUAGGUACAUACGAUAUCAACAAAAAGAUCUUAGGUCCGACACAUAUGAAAGCCUCCGUAAAUUACGAAGUAAAGGUCAAGAUGAUAUAUCUAAAGCUGGAAAACGUAUUUUUUUGCCGUCUUCUUUUACUGGUGGAGCACGAUAUAUGAUGCAAAACUAUUUAGACGCUAUGGCUCUGUUUGUUUACACUAUUGAGUUCCAAAAACGUGGUUUGCCUCAUGCACAUUUAUGCUUAUUCAUGGAACCUGAAUUCAAAUUACCUACUGUGGACCAUGUUGAUUCAUUUAUAUCUGCUGAAAUUCCAAACAGAGAUGAAGAUCCAGAAUUAUUCAUCCUGGUGAAAGAGUAUAUGAUACAUGGUCCAUGUGGUAAUGCUAGGUUGAGCUCUCCAUGUAUGGUAGAUAUGAAGUGUUCAAAAGGCUUUCCAAAAAAGUUUCAAGAUCAUACAACACUAGAUUCAAAUGGGUUUCCAUUAUACAGAAGGAGAAACAAUGGUGCCUCUGUUGUGAAAAAUAAAAUUGAGCUUGAUAACAGGAGUGUUGUUCCUUAUAACAAAAAAUUAUUGAAAAGAUAUCAAGCUCAUAUCAACGUUGAAUGGUGCAAUCAAGCCGCGUCUAUAAAAUAUCUUUUUAAAUACAUCAAUAAAGGUCCUGAUAGAGCCACUAUAGCUGUUGUGCAUGGUGAUAAUCAACCGGAAGAGCAACCACAAGACGAGAUCAAAGAGUAUUACUAUUGCCGCUAUAUAUCAGCUUGCGAAGCAUCUUGGAGGAUAUUUGCUAACGAGGUACAUUAUAGAAGACCUUCUGUUAUGAGGCUUCCAUUCCAUUUACCUGGCCAACAACCUGUUGUUUUCGGCCCUGACGAGGAUAUUAACUCCGUUCUAAACAAACCUUCAGUUAAAUCUUCAAUCUUGACAAGCGAGUAUGGGAACCAAGAAAAGGGAAAAAAAUCAAUUGGCAGGAUUCAUUCCGUAUCUCCAUCUUUAGGUGAAGCGUAUUUCUUGAGAAUUCUUCUUAACAAGGUUAGAGGACCAACAUCGUUUGACGACAUUAAAACAGUUAAUGGUAAAAUUUGCGAUACAUACAGAGAUGCUUGCUACGCACUUGGUCUUUUAGAUGAUGAUUCAGAAUAUGUAGAGGCAAUAAAAGAAGCAAAUUUAACUGGAAGCGCUUCAUACAUUCGGAAUUUAUUUUCUACGAUGUUGUUAUCCGGUAGUCUUUCUAGACCUGAGGUUGUUUGGGAAAGUUCGUGGAGAUACAUGGCGGACGAUUUUGUUUACAGAUUAGCAAAAUACCAUCGAGUUACAACGUUAUCAAUUCCGGAUCACCAACUGAAGAACUAUGUCUUGGUCGAAAUUGAAAAGUUUUUAUUGCGAAAUAAUUCUUCUUUGCGAAGAUUUGAAUCAAUGCCAUAUCCAGAUAUGUCGUCUUAUGGUAUUUCCGAUUGUCGUUUGAUAUACGAGGAGCAGGCAUAUGAUACAACAUACCUUGGAAAUCUGUACGAUAGUCAGUUGACAAUGUUAACUGAUGAACAACGCUCUGUUUUUGAGGAGAUUAUGGCAGCAGUAAACAGUGAUAACGGUCGGAUUUUUUUCCUUUAUGGCUAUGGCGGAACAGGUAAAACAUUUCUAUGGAAGACAUUGUCCGCUGCAAUUAGAUCAAGAGGUCAAAUCGUCUUAAAUGUGGCUUCAAGUGGAAUUGCAUCGUUGUUGUUAGAUGGUGGCAGGACUGCACAUUCCAGGUUUAGCAUACCGUUGAAUCUUACUGAAGAUUCCGUAUGCAAUAUAAAACCAGAAAGUGAUCUGUCUAAAUUACUUCAUGAGACUAAAUUGAUAAUUUGGGAUGAAGCACCUAUGGUUCACAAACAUGCAUUUGAAGCGCUCGACAGAACAAUGAAUGACGUUUUCAACAUUGACACAUCUCUCAAUUCUGAAAUCCGAUUUGGAGGUAAGGUUAUUAUUUUUGGAGGGGAUUUUAGACAAAUAUUACCUGUUGUUCCAAAUGGUGGCAGACAAGAGAUUGUUAAUGCCUCCUUAUGUUCGUCUUAUUUGUGGAGUAAAUAUUUGGGUGAGGGUAACGUUGGUGGUCCAAAUGAUGGAGAAGCAACUAUUGAAAUACCAAGAGAUCUUUUGAUUACUGAUCCAUCUGAUCCAAUUGGAAGUUUAAUUGAUUUUGUUUAUCCAUCAAUCUUGGAAAACAUAGACGCCCAUAACUAUUUUAGUGACCGGGCCAUACUUGCACCUAAAAAUGAAGUUGUUCAUGAGAUUAAUGACAGGUUGCUAGCAAUGUUUCCUGGUGAAGAAAAAGAGUAUCUUAGCUCUGACAGUCUUUGUCCGUCUGAAGAUGUAAAUUCUACUCAACAAAGACUUUACUCUCCGGAUGUGCUCAAUGGUCUUAAAAUAUCUGGCCUACUAAAUCAUAGGUUAGUCCUUAAAGUUGGUGUUCCAGUCAUGUUAUUAAGAAAUAUUGAUCAACGGAAUGGAUUGUGCAACGGUACAAGGCUACAAGUAAAGAAGCUGCACAACCGUGUAAUAGAAGCGGAGAUAAUAUCUGGUUCAAAUAUUGGUACUUGCACAUAUAUCCCUCGAUUAAACUUGAUACCUUCUGAUAAAAAGAUUUCUUUCUCUUUUCAAAGAAGACAAUUUCCACUGGCUGUAUGUUUUGCAAUGACCAUCAACAAAAGUCAAGGUCAAUCUCUUUCAAGAGUAGGUUUGUACCUCAAACAACCAGUAUUCUCUCAUGGUCAGUUGUAUGUUGCCUUAUCAAGGGUGAAAACAAGAAAUGGUGUCAAGAUACUCAUACUUGACAAUAACGGAAAACCUACGGAUAAAACAACUAAUGUGGUGUAUAAAGAGAUAUUCAACGAAUUGUGA